CCGGGACGCGUGUCAGGAGCAUUCGGGAAGAUUCUUACGUUGCCCUUCACGCGGUAGCUAUGGACGGAAAAGCCGCCUCAAAUAAAACCAUCCCCCAGAGUAGUUGUGGCGGAAUUAUCUAAAUAUGGGGAGAAAUGGAUGAAGAAGACCGAAGAUAAUGAUGAAGGGAUGAUUUGGAAUAGGAUUCACAGCAAGAGAGACAGAAGGGAAAGACAUUGAAGAAACAGACUAGUUAACACAUGAAGAAAAUGGAGUAGAGGAAAACACGUCCAUGUGUUUCAACUCUAAUGAGAGCAGGUCUGAUGUGAAGGGAGUUGGAGGAGAAGGGAAAGUUUGAUGAUGCACAGUUUGCAUCCCAGAAGGCUCUUGACAACCAAAGUGUCCACAGCAGAUUCGUCCAGUCUAGAUAAACCAUGCACAGAGAAUUUCAAAGAAAAGCAGAAGAGAUUUCCAAACCUUUACCCUAAUCCAGGGAGGAGAGGACGGGACGUCAAAAUAUGGUCUUGAGUAUGGAAGCAUUGGGUCGCAAAGGCCUGAACAACUGCUGAAAUCGAGGACAAAUAUUAUGGUAUAUAGCCCUGGGUCAACUUGUAUUUUAGAAACGAAUUAAGAAAACCAAAACAAUUGCAAAGCCCACCCCAUGCUCUACGAGUCUUCCCUCCUCAAUCACUUCAUUGGCCAGUGUCACGCAAACACUUUGGAUUAAACAUGCAUGGUCUAACACUGAUUGGCAUGUUGAAGAAUCCGUCUGUGGCCAGCGAUUGGCGGGCGUGUCUAGGCUCUAGCCAAUCCGGAAAGGGGCGGGCUGGUUAAGCGUCAGGUUCCUUAGAUCCACGGGUCAGCCCAGUAACUGACUCCUCUUCUCCCUUCUCUCGGGUCCUAGCACAGCGUCAAAUGGAGCUUUCCUACCAGACCCUCAAAUUCACGCAUCAGGCCCGGGAAGCGUGCGAGAUGAGGACAGAAGCACGACGAAAAAAUCUUCUCAUUUUGAUUUCACAUUAUUUAACACAAGAAGGAUAUAUCGAUACAGCAAAUGCUUUGGAGCAAGAAACUAAACUGGGGUUACGACGCUUUGAAGUUUGUGACAACAUUGAUCUUGAAACUAUUUUGAUGGAAUAUGAGAGUUAUUAUUUUGUAAAAUUUCAGAAAUACCCCAAAAUUGUCAAAAAGUCAUCAGACACAGCAGAAAAUAAUUUACCACAAAGAAGUGGAGGGAAGACCAGAAGGGUGAUGAACGACAGUUGCCAAAAUCUUCCCAAGAUCAAUCAGCAGAGGCCCCGGUCCAAAACCACGGUGGGGAAGACAGGGGACACCAAAUCUCUCAAUAAGGAGCAUCCUAAUCAGGAGGUAGUUAAUAACACUCGCCUGGAGAGUGCCAACUUCGGCCUAAAUAUAUCAAGAAUCGGUAAAGACAGUGGAGAGGAAAAUGCCCACCCACGAAGAGGCCAAAUCGUUGACUUCCGAGGGCUGCUCACAGACGCCAUCAAGGGAGCGACCAGUGAACUUGCCUUGAACACCUUCGACCAUAAUCCAGACCCCUCAGAACGACUGCUGAAACCUCUGAGUGCAUUUAUUGGCAUGAACAGUGAGAUGCGAGAAUUGGCAGCGGUGGUGAGCCGGGACAUUUAUCUCCAUAAUCCAAACAUAAAGUGGAAUGACAUUAUUGGACUUGAUGCAGCCAAGCAGUUAGUCAAAGAAGCUGUUGUGUAUCCUAUAAGGUAUCCACAGCUAUUUACAGGAAUUCUUUCCCCCUGGAAAGGACUACUGCUGUACGGCCCUCCAGGUACAGGAAAGACUUUACUGGCCAAAGCUGUGGCCACUGAAUGUAAAACAACCUUCUUUAACAUUUCUGCAUCCACCAUUGUCAGCAAAUGGAGAGGGGAUUCAGAAAAACUCGUUCGGGUGUUAUUUGAACUUGCCCGCUACCACGCCCCAUCCACGAUCUUCCUGGACGAGCUGGAGUCGGUGAUGAGUCAGAGAGGCACAGCUCCUGGGGGAGAACAUGAAGGAAGCCUGCGGAUGAAGACAGAGUUACUGGUGCAGAUGGAUGGGCUGGCACACUCAGAAGAUCUUGUGUUUGUCUUAGCAGCUUCUAACCUGCCGUGGGAGCUGGACUGUGCCAUGUUACGCCGCCUGGAGAAGAGGAUUCUGGUUGAUCUCCCCAGCCGGGAGGCCAGGCAGGCCAUGAUCUACCACUGGCUGCCUCCUGUGAGCAAGAGCAGGGCCUUGGAGCUGCGCACAGAGCUGGAGUACAGUGUGCUGAGCCAGGAGACUGAGGGCUACUCAGGCUCAGACAUUAAGCUCGUCUGCAGGGAAGCAGCCAUGCGGCCCGUGAGGAAGAUCUUUGAUGCACUUGAAAAUCACCAGUCAGAAAGCAGCGACUUACCAGGGAUCCAGUUGGAUACAGUAACCACUGCCGACUUUCUGGAUGUGCUAACUCAUACCAAGCCCUCCGCAAAGAAUCUGGCUCAGAGAUACUCAGCCUGGCAAAGAGAGUUCGAGUCUGUUUGAAACCACAUUUACCCUGACCCGGCCACAAAGGCCUCCUAGUUUAUUAGUGUCCGUGGGAGAAGAACAAAAUGAUUGGAAUGGAAAAGAGAAAAUUAUUCUUGAAGACUGGAUUAACUUGAGCCACUGUAUUGUUUGGAUAGCUGAGAUAUAUUUAUUAACUUAUCAUUACUGAUGUCAGCAAAAUAUUGAGGGUUUCAGUUACAUACAUAUAUGUGCUAUUAGGUCAUACAAUGGAGAUUUUUCUGACAAUUAGACUCCAUAAAAUUUUAAUGAACAAUUUUCUGUAAUGUUACUCAUUUGUAAACUUUUGAAGAAAAAGAUGUACUUAGAAAAGUUGUGUUGGCCAGGCACAGGAUGACCUUGAGUUGGGGCAGCCAAGUAGAAGCUAAGCUUGACAGGCACUGCCCAGCGGACAGUCCCAGGGUGAAGAAGGAUGAGGGCAGGGAAGGCAAUGCAGUCUGUUUCUCAUUGUGGACAAUACUCUGUAUCUCAUCAGCUCUCCCUAAUUCUGACUCCAUCCAGCUUUGUCAGCAGCAAACCCCUCCCAAACUAAGCCCCACUCAGAAAUGUCACUGAGCAUUCUGAUCCUAGAGCUAAUAGCCGGGGUGACUAGCACACCAUCACCAUCAGCUGCCAGUAUGACUGUUUUGGGUUCUGGCCCCCAAUAACAUCUUUUAACUCUUCACAUCUCACAUCCGGUGUGCUCUGCCCUUCUCUUUCCAUUGCCACAGCUUCUCAUCAGAACCAAAGCUUAGGAUGGGGCACCUGAGCUUCGAGAAUAUUCAUUCCAAGUCUUCCCUGCUCUUAGGCUCUUCCCCCUCUCCUUAAGGGGUUAUAAACAGCUAGAAGCAUCUCUCAGAAACUCACAAUCCGAGGGAUCUACUUUGAACCCUUGAUAAAUUUUGAAGGCUUCCCCUAAGUAAUGCGACUUCUUUUCCCCCACUAGAACUUACCUAUGGGAAAUUACCUUCUUUUCUCUUCCUUGCCUUGUUUUCAUCAUCCCUGCAGACAGACUCUUCAAGAGGAAAAACUUCCAAAAAGAGACACUUUGGAUAGCUAAAUAUCCCAAAGGAUUUUUACCCUUUUAAACAAAACUAAAGCAUGUUUUGGGGUAUUGAUUAUUUUGAGAUUAUUCUCAAACGCCUCUUUAAACAUCAUUUCAUGGAAAAUAUCAAAUUGAAAAUAUACCUUAUUUAACAAAUUGAAAAGAAAAAAGAUUUCAUCUCA